CGACGAACUUCACUCAAACUCACGACCAGACUCCACUCCAGCUACAGACAGCAUCCAUCAUCCUCCUGGCCUGCCAUCGGGCAAAUGCCUGUCCGCCCAGUCCGCAUCGAAGCAUCCAGGCAACAUCGAAUCCGCGCCCGUCUCUACUCCCCUUCCUCCUCCACACCGCCCACACGACUCUGUAUCCUGGCACACCCUUACCCAACCUUCAGCUCCUACAACAAUGAACUCAUCGUCCUCCUUGCCGAACAUCUCCAACAACUCAACUUCCUCGUCCUCACCUUCAACUUUCGUCGACAAAAGGGAACAUGGUCAGGUCACUUGGAACGCUCUGACUAUAGCUGUGCGUUGGAUUGGUGUUUGAUCAAGUUUCCUAAUGUACAAGAAGUCAUCUUGGGCGGAUACUCCUAUGGCGCGCUUGUGGCAAGUGCCUGUUUCCCACAUCCGUUACCUGUGCUCCAUGCCUUGGAUGAUGUUGUUGGUUUUGAAAGCCGAGCAGGCAUGCUACCGCGACAUCCUGGUCGUGCAAGUAUCGGAUCGCAUGUCUCUGACGCACCGACGGAACAUGCAAGGACACAACCUACCUCUGCGGAUAUGGAAGAUGAUGAAGCUGCGAAUCGGCAGAGUAUCGCACUUAAUCGACAUCGUACCUCUUCUGUGUUUGGUCGUGCGACACACUGGCUUCCCGGCACGCAUGCGAGUCAUCGUGGUGAUGCCUUGCUAGCGGAGAAUCUCACCAGAAAACUCAAAGUACGCUACCUCUUUGUAUCGCUGCCACUCAGUGCAUAUCGCUACUCACUAUGGAUGUUCCCAAAACCCAGGCGAGCAUGGGAGAAUAAACGCCAUUUACCAGCGAGUUCUAUUGACAAGAUUGAUAUCUUUGCCAUUUGGGGGGAUGAAGAUGAGUUUUCAUCCAAGGUACGCAUCAAGCGCAAAUUGAACAGAGCAAGUUGGCAUGUCAGGUUGAUUGAGGGAUGUGGUCAUUUCGUGGAAGAGGAUGAGCAUGUUCAGCAGUUGAAGGAACAGGUCGAGCGCUGGAUUGACGGUGGACGAGACUAACACAGGCCUUGUGACAAUUACAUAGAGGUCUAGUCGUCAAACUUGAAAGACCGCGCUUGCUGGUCAAUCGCUCCUCCUUUGUACGCACCACGCUUCUUCUUAUUCUUCUCCUUUGUGAAGUUCUUGCCACGCGUCUUGAGCAAGUCCGCACUCGCUUUACUCCCAAAUUCAUUGUCUGGUCCACGAUACGCAUUAUCACGCAACACAUCAUUCGCAUACUCAAUCUUUUCCGUGUUGAUGCGAGAGAAGGGGAUGUUUUGUUUUCUACCACUCGCUUUCGUCACCGUGACUUCUUGAUCAUGUGACGCGGUCGUCUUGGCCUUCUUUGCGGCACCUGUUGCUGCAACGGGCUGGAUAUUGACGAUGGGAUCUGCUUCAUCCGAGUCUGCGUCUCGUGAACGUUUCUUGGAUGAAGGCUUGGUUGUUGUCGUUGCGGCCUUGUCGGUAUCACUGUCACUGUCACUGUCGCUGUCGC